AUGAUUGUGUUGCUCACACGGUCAAUUUACAUUCUAGGUGUUGAAGCUAGAGGAUUUAUGUUUGGCCCCUCAGUUGCAUUGGCUAUUGGUGCCAAGUUUGUUCCUUUACGUAAACCUAGAAAGUUGCCAGGAGAAGUGAUCUCCGAAGCAUAUGUACUCGAAUAUGGCACUGAUUGUCUAGAAAUGCAUGUUGGAGCUGUUCAACCUGGGGAACGUGCCUUAGUUAUUGAUGAUUUGGUGGCGACAGGUGGGACUCUUUCUGCUGCAAUACGCCUAUUAGAACGUGUUGGGGCUGAAGUGGUUGAAUGUGCAUGUGUUGUUGGGCUGCGUGAGGUUAAGGGACAACAUAGACUAAAUGGAAAGCCCUUGUAUAUUCUUGUGGAGCCACGCCAGCAGACAAAUUGUUCUGCACCUUCUGUUAAUGGAGUUGAAACAUGCAGGCGCGACGACGUCUACCUCUCUGCAACUUGAGCAUAUGGGGUUUCUCAUUCUCAAAGCAAAAGUAUGGUUCCCCAUUCAAAUCCCAUUCCAAAAAUGUGAUUAGUUUUCUAUGCUUUUUCUUUUUUUGAACCACCCUUUGUUGUAAUCCUCUUUACCAGGAAACAUGUUCAGGUGUAUUUGUUGUUUAGGCUCUUUUAGUUUUUUUACAUUCUUCAUAGCUUUGAAUGAAUUGCUGUGGCAUGUCAGUACCUGAUUCUUGUUUGUUCAAUUUACCACAUCAAUAUGGCAGCUGUUUCCAGGUGCUUGUCAAUUCAUAUUAA